AUGGCUGCGGCAAGACAGCAUGUCGAUGAAGGAGAGUUAAACUUUGUUUUUAAGCGCCUUGGGGAGCGAGGAAAAGAAGCUGAGUUAGUGAAAAAGAAACAUGAUCACGUCACGGGGCCAAUCUUAGAGCAGCUGACGGAAUACUCCAUGAAACUUACUGAGAAUCAAGUCAUAGUCCGACCCUAUGGGAGUGCAGCUGAAGAUUUAAAGUGUCUUUCACCCGAUGAUUAUGGGGAUAUGGACAUCAUGGUGUUCCCAAGCUCAGAGGCCCUUUUGAUUCACGAAGAAAUGGUCGAUCAUCCACUGGAAAGUCCAUUGCAUGUGAGAAUCAGAGCAGGCGAUCAUCCCGUGUUGCAGUCGUGCCUUGUAGAAGAUACAGAAUACCUGGCCACUUCAGCGUUGAAGAACUUCCAUCCCGCAAUUUAUGGAAGCAAAGUGUCUAAAUUGAUUGAUUAUUUUAUACGUGGCUUGUCAAUAUUCUCCAAGGAUGAUCCCGAACAAUUUCUUCCAAUUGUUGCGAGUUGGAAGAACGAGAAAACCAGCCCAGCUUUUUCCAUUCAUUGCAUGGAAUCGGUUGAUACCUUCCAACGAGAAUUGGAAAACAUGACGGAGACAAAGCGGCUGCAUAGUUUGAACAGCGCUGAGUAUGAAUGGUUCGUCAGUGCGAUAUGCAGCGCUAGGGGAGUUGAAUAUACGAGAGAGCAUGCCGCAGUUCUAGAUGAGUAUAUACAGUAUACGAGUGAGUUACAGGAGUCGCUGACCAAACGUGAUAUUUUAGAAGGCUUUCCAGCUUACCACCAAGAAGUGACGUCGGGCGAUAAAGUUAAAGAAUUUAAAGCCCGAGUAAAAGCUAUUGAAAGCCGAUCACCAAAGAAGACCACACUUGAAAAUGAUAGAAACGGUCAUUCAAGGGAAAGCGAAGGAAGAUUACGGAAGCAAUUUCUCUGCCAUUUCCUCGAGAGAGAAACUGAAGUCAAAGAGCCCUCUGAAAAUGACACAGCCCAUUUUAAACGAAAGAAAGGAAUUGAUCUUGUGCCCGCCCUGAAAUCCCGAGGAUGGCCGAACUCUGCACGAGACUGGAUCGAAAGAGAGCGGAAAUGGCCUUCCAUCAAAAUGGUGACUAAGAUCAUUGACGAAGGUUACCACCUGGUUGUCAAAUCUCCAAAGUACAGUGAAAUUCCCGAGUGCGACUUCAGAAUCUCAUUUUCUCAUGCAGAGUACCUGUUAAGCCAAGAGAUCAACGACAUCCAACGCGAGUGUUACCGUUGUUUGAAGAAAUUGCACCGUGCCUAUCUUUCCAGUCCAGCAGGUUUGGUGUCGUUCCACCUCAAGAACCUCUUUUUGCAAACAAUAGAGGAGACUGGUGCCGAGAUGUGGACCGCGGACAAAAGAGCCGAGUGCAUGAUGAAGCUCCUCGAAAACCUGCUAAAAGCUUUGAAAGACAAAGACUUGCGACAUUUCUUCGUGAGAUCCUACAAUCUCUUUGGUGUUGAUUACAUUGUCAAACCCGAAAAUCUGACAUCUUUGGCCGAAGAGAUGGAGAAGAUUAUGGAAAAUCCGUUGGACUUUUCCCAAGCGUUGAUCCAGCAGAGUGAAGACAAGAAGAAAAUUCAAAAGGAGACAUUCGAAAAACAGAACAAGCAAGGGGUGCCUUCAACAUCGGGACACGGAAGAACAGCUGAACCAAGCGGCGACAAUGAAAACCGACUUCCAAAUCAUCGAUACCAUGACUUGCAAGAUAUGUACCUCCAAGUCGGCAAAGAGUUAGUGGAAAAAGCUUUAAACGGAGAUGAAAUCCAUGAUCCUCUUGAAAGAUCCCUGGUAAAAGAUCUCAGAGAAAUGAUGCAAAGCCAUGAUUUUCAGACUGAAUAUUUCCUUCAAAUGUUGAGAAACGGCUGGUUCAAUGCUUAUUUCAGGAUCUGCCUCAGUACCGAGCUGGAAAUGAGGCGCCGAAUGCUUGAUGCAAUCCGCGGUGAUGUCGAGAUGUGGAAGUACCUUUUGAGGCAGGAAGACCUGGCGUCAGGGAACGAAAAAGCCAUAGCCAACCGAAUGCUGGAUCCAUCCAAUGAGGAUCGUUUUGACCUAAGCAACAUCCUUCCAGCUGGUGGAUUAGUUAAGGUCAUGCGCAUGUUCCUCAAUGGUGUUGACCACGUGCCACCUCAACCAGCGCAUGUGCAGACGACCCAGGCUGUGGAUGCUAUACCUUUAGACUGAACUGAACUAUUAACCGAGGAAUAUAACCCACUUCGCUUUUAGAGUUACUCCCUUUUAAUUGACUGCCUAAGGAAAAACACGCUGGAAUUUCCUACAUAAUGCGAUGUACCCACUAACGAGACAAAAACAAGUAUGCGUUUUUCUUUAUGAUAAAACGUUUUUUCGCUUUUUAACUGACCAUAAACUGUUUUAUGAUUUAUUUUAAAAAGGUGUACUUGGCAACUGUUGCCAAGUACUUUAAGGCGGCGCUCGAUUCCGUUUGCAUGGUUUUCGCGUUUGUUACAGAUUUCAAGCAUGUAUGCGUUUUUGCUAUUGGAACUCGUCGUAUGUGCCUCAGUGGCUGUUAUGUAUUUUUCCUGUUUUGAUUGACU